UUAUUCUUAGCAAGGUAGCGUGUAAUUGUAUACCAUGUAUACUACGAAAAUUGUAAAUGGCACCGUCCACUCCACACUGGAAUGGCCAGCUCGUGUUUCAGCAAUGUCGACGAGUAUGGAUUCGAGCGGCCGCAGAACUUCGAUUACCAAACUUACGAGGAAUUUAUGUCCGAAUAUCUGAAAGUCUUGGCUAAAAGGGCUAAAAAAUGGGCAGACAUCAUAGGCGAAGGAAAAUCUCUUCAACGAAGUGUCACAGUUAAACGAUAUGUUCGAAAGGGAAUUCCAGGGGUUCAUCGGGGCAUGGUAUGGUUGACUGUCAGCGGUGCUGAAGAAUUGAAAAAUGCAUCUCCAGAUUUAUAUCAGAGAUUAUUGGACGGACAUCACAGCCGUGAUGUCGCAGAGAUUAUAAAGACUGAUCUACCUCGUACAUUUCCUGACAACAUAUUUUACAACAAUAUCGAAAACCAACAGCAUCAACUCUACAAUGUUUUACUAGCUUUUGCGCAUCAGAACAAAAGAGUUGGAUAUUGUCAAGGUUUGAAUUACAUAGCAGGAUUACUUUUGUUAGUAACAAAAAGUGAAGAAACAGCAUUUUGGUUACUGAAAAUAUUAAUAGAAAAAAUAUUACCAGAGUAUUACACCCCUACAAUGGAUGGUCUCCUAACAGACAUUGAUGUUCUGUCAGAGCUAGUAAGGAUAAAAAUGCCGGAUGUACAUCAACAUGUGACUAACUUGGGGUUACCUUGGGCAGUAAUAACAACUAAGUGGUUUAUCUGUUUGUUCGCAGAGGUUCUGCCUAUUGAGACAACCUUGAGAAUAUGGGAUUGUCUGUUUUAUGAAGGUAGUAAAAUAAUAUUUCGAGUAGCACUGACACUGAUUAAAAGAAAUCGAGAAAAUUUGCUGUCUUGUCAGGAUUUUACCACAUUAGCCGAGUGUUUUAAAGAAAUAACAAAAGAUAGCAUCGUUAUUCGAUGCCAUGAUUUUAUGCAGAGUAUUUUCAAAGUACCUGGAUCGCUGUCUGCCAGUACCAUAGAAAAAUUACGAACAAAAGUGGCCCAACAGCGAGCGGAAGAGAAGCAAACAAAAACUGUGCGGUAGUACAAACUGAGACAAUUUUUACACGGCUUUCAUUCUAGUCAGAAUGGUACCAGAGUAUGGAUUUUUUAAUUAUGAUCAUGCCGAGACGUAACAACUAUUAAUUUUGUACUUGAAUCAUUUACCCAACAUCUUGACGUAGUCAUACAAAUUUAGCUAGCUGUAUUACUAGUGCUCAUCAUUCUACGCUGAUUCAAUACUUCUGUCACCAUUGGUAAUUCAAAUAUUAUCCCAACAGUUAUUUCUUCUCUACAUGGAACGGUGUAAAUGGCCUAAAAUCUAUUGAUUAUAUUGCUGUCGUUUUCACCUAGAAUGAGCAUAUUAUGAUUUAUGAAUUAAAAAAAGAACAAAUAAUCUAUUGAGAUCGAUGACAUCAGACACUAUGAGUGUUGUGUAUUAUUUUAUUAUAGCGAAUGAAGCUUUGUACAAUUUUAUGAGGCUAAAAUUUUGCCUUAAGUACAGAGCAAUAUUUCUCUACGUUAGAUCUGUAUUAAACCUUAGGAAUCUGUUGCUCAUUUCUGAUUUGUGAUCAGUUAUUCUUUAAUAGAUGUAUUAUUGUGCAUAUUAUUAAAUCUCAUCUAGUUUAGAGUGUUGAAUUUCGUAAGAAUAAGCUAGGAUCUUCAAACUAACACUAUAUCCUCUUUUCUUUCACAUAGGUACACGUUUUAUUUGAAUGCAUUGAAAAUUUGCAGAGUAGCAAACCGGAGAUAGGUAUUUAGUAUACGUACGUACAAUGUUAUCAUUGUGUUCUGCAAAAUCUAUUUCGCGUUAAUAGCAGAUAAACUUUGAAUAAUUGACAUUAAAAAGCAUUGUGAAAAUGUGUGUGAUCUUCCUAAUUAUAUUUAUUUUAAUCAAAAUUUGCACGGCAUUUUAAGUUAUUAAGAACAAAUAAAUUAUUAUUUCUUCUUCACCACGCUAAGCUUGAACUUAGUUUUUAACCAAUUUUCAGGUUGAGCAUAGUAAUUUAUUUAAUCUCACUACGAAUAUUUAAAGUGUAAUUACCUCUUUGACUAAAGCACCUCAUCUUGAGUAAAAUGUAGUGAUACAAAAUUCAUCCCGACAAUCAACUCUAUUAAGUGAUAAAUA